AAUACAAAUGUAACAGUACAACAGUUUUGGUUUGUUUGCUCUUGUUUUCACAGGUCAGUGGAAACAAUGUCACUGAAAGUCGUCUACAUGACUCUAUGUGCCGUCUGUCUGAUGGGAAUAGGCAUCGUUUAUUUUGUAGACAUCAACAUGGUCACAUCAAAGUUUGUCAACUUCACAAACUCACGACUUACAUAUUUGAAAUCCAUCUGGUCAGCCAACGAAAACAACCUUACAGACGAAGAAGCAGCCAUCACAUUGAAUGACACAGAAUCAUCCUUUCACUUGAAAACUCCCACUACAGUGCCUUUAAUUACCCAAGUUAACAAAAGCUCCAGAAACGUCACCACGGGAUCAUUUUCCAAGGUAACGACGAUGAGCUUUAACUCCUCGCUGGUUGUACAUUGUAAGGAGUCGCCAUACAUACAAUGCACUCCGUCAAACAUCAUACAACCCUCGACCAAGAAGCGGUUUAAGAUCGUUUAUUUAAGACGCCCGAAGUGGCUUCAUGUAGAUGCGACAUCGUGUAUGAUCAACCAGUGUGUGGUAUCAGAUGGACCUGUUACAAAUGACACUGACCUAGUCGUAGUUUAUGGAGUCGGUCUCACAGACAGCUUCCAGCCGCCACAGAGAUGGACAAACCAGACCUAUAUCAUUGCAGUUUGGGAAUCACCGAUACACACAAACUCGGAUCUAUUAAACAAUGGAAACUCUCCUUGGAAUUCGCGGAUAAACCUCAUCAUGUCGUAUCGUGUCGACGCAGACGUCUUUGCCCCGUAUAGUCACCUUGUAUUUAGACCAAAACCAUUGCCAGAGAGGCCAAACUACUAUGAGAUCGCCAAGAACAAGACAAGAACCGCCGUGUGGAUCGUCAGUCAUUGUAGCACACAGUCCAAGAGAGAGCAGUACGUCAAGGAGAUGCAGAAAUACAUUGACGUGGAUAUACUUGGAAGCUGUGGGACACCGUGCAAGAGCAGGCCAUUCUGUGACAAUUUGGGAGCCAAAUAUAAAUUCUACCUAGCCUUCGAGAACUCUCUAUGUACAGACUACGUCACCGAGAAAUUCUUCAAGUUAUUUGAUCAAAAUACACAUGUGAUCCCUGUUGUCAGGGGCGGCGCUGAUUACGACAAACAUUUCCCCAACUUUACCUACAUCAACUCUGCUCACUUUAGAAAGCCAAAAGAUUUGGCUCUUCAUUUAAAAGAUUUGGCAUCAGAUUUACAGACAUACAGCAAGUACCUGGAAUACAUGGAUUUAUUUAUAGAAAAAUCAGAAAUUGUCAAUCUUCUCUGCAAACUUUGCUCGUUUGCACACACUCAUACGCUACCCGUUACAAAAACUUACAAUUUAAAAAGUUGGAUAAAUGAUGGACAUUGCCACAAUCCUCAAGACUUGUGA